ACACUUUCACUCAACUUUACCAUCUCAUUCAACGGUCUUGUCUGAAAUCCCAACUUUCCCGGUCUUGUCCGGUAAUGAGAAGGGAGUUGUAUUAUUCUUCGCCACGACCUUUUGGUCUAGGCAGAAAACACGGGUAAAAUGGUAAAUAUGCAAACUUCCACUACCAUCAACUACCCAUUCUUCUCCCCCCGGUUUCACUACACAAUUUCCUCUUUCUUACAGCUUCUAGAGAGAGAAUAUACAUAUGAUUAGUAUUUAUUACAUUCUCAAGUUCCGCGUGUUCCUCGUUCUCUUUAGUUUUGCAGAGAAGCUUCUCCUCAAAAUGUUAUUAUCUGUGUUUCUGAAAUACACACAACAAGGUGUAGUAAGAUGGUGCUGCAAGAGUUCGGGUUUGUAUUGACGUAGGUGAUGGAUAAAUCCUUUUCUUACUAGUGCUAGUCGGUUUGAGGGAGAAUAGAGCCUGUAAGAGUCUUGGAGGGUAAGAAAUGGGGGCUGCUGGUGAACAAGAUUCGACGGAUUUAGAAAAGAUGCAAGGGGGCAUAAGUUCCCGUAAGGAGAAGAUUCUUGUUUUAGUGAGGUUUAGGCCAUUGAGUGACGAGGAGAUUGCAAGGAAUGAGGUUUCCGAUUGGGAGUGCAUCAACGAGACCAGUAUAUUGUUCCGCAACAGCCUUCAUGAACGGUCUUCGUCUCCAACUGCCUAUACGUAUGACAGAAUUUUUGGGGGUGACUGUUCGACAAGGCAGGUAUACGAUGCAGGGGCAAAAGAGAUUGCUCUUUCAGUUGUCAGUGGUAUUAACUCAAGUAUUUUUGCAUAUGGGCAAACAAGCAGCGGAAAAACACACACCAUGCUUGGAAUAACAGAGUAUACAGUUUCAGAGAUAUAUGACUACAUACAAAGACAUGAAGAAAGAGUGUUUGUUCUGAAGUUCUCUGCACUGGAGAUAUACAAUGAAGAUGUUAGAGACCUCCUCAGCACAAACAGUAUUCCACUUAGGCUCCUAGAUGACCCAGAGAAAGGGACGGUUGUGGAGAAGCUCACAGAAGAAAUUUUGAGGGAUCAGAAGCAUCUCAAGGAGCUUCUAUCUGUCUGUGAAGCUCGUAGACAGAUGGAAGAGACUUCCCUGAAUGAAACAAGCUCUAGGUCUCAUCAAAUUCUUAAAUUGACGAUUGACAGCUCUGCCUGUGAGUUCGUAGGAAAGGGCAAGUCAGCAACCCUGUCAGCCAGUGUGAAUUUUAUUGAUCUGGCAGGGAGUGAGCGUGCGUCUCAGGCAUUAUCAGUUGGACACAGACUGAAAGAAGGCUGCCAUAUCAAUCGUAGUCUGCUGACUUUGUCAACUGUUAUUCACAAGCUAAGCAAGGGAAGGCGUGGACAUGUAAAUUACAGAGACUCAAAGCUAACGCGAAUUCUACAACCCUGCUUGGGAGGGAAUGCCAGGACCGCCAUCAUCUGUACCUUGAGCCCUGCUCUAAGCAAUGUUGAGCAAUCUAGAAAUACCCUCUUGUUCGCCAAUUGCGCAAAAGAAGUGAGCACAAAUGCUAAGGUUAAUGUUGUAAUGUCAGAUAAAGCCUUAGUCAGACAUUUGCAGAAGGAGUUGGUUCGAUUAGAAGGUGCCUUAAGAACUCCUGCCCCUACUUUCGCCUCUGAUCAUACAGUAUUAUUGAGAAUGAAAGAUCUUCAUAUAGAAAAGUUAGAGAGAGAGAUGAAAGAGCUAGCUGUGCAACGCGAUCUUGCUCAAGCCAAGCUUGAGGACGCGUUAUGUGAGAUUCAAAAUGCCCGUUCUUCUCGCCAAGACAAAAGGAAAAAUGAAGAUCCCCACCAUUCUUCAGAUGAUGAGGAAGACCUAUCUGAUGGUACGUCUUCAUCAAUUUCAAAUAGAAGAAAGUUCCUUAGAUCUGGUCAGUUUCAAGGCCAGGAAGGGUUAGCUCUGGGAUCUGAAGAAGAUCCUAAUUCCAUCUGCAAGGAGGUUUGCUGUAUUGAGAUGGAAGAGUCAAGCAAGGAUGAAACUGCUGAUCAUCUUAUCCUGUCAGCUCGUCAAGACAAUGUACGAGUGUCGGAAUCAGUAAGUGGUUAUGGGGAGUUGGAAGACGAGGAAAUUAUGUCAUCAUCACCCAGCGAAGUUAGUCACCCCCAAAACUCCUAUAAUUACGGGUCACUGAAGUGGAGGGUUCAAAAUGUUCAGAAGACUACUAAUACUCUAGUAGGCGAUUUCCCUGAUGAACCCUCUCCGUGGUCCCUUUCAACAGAUAUGUCUAAUUCUGGAUGCCUGAGGUCACCUAGGAGCUCUAUCUGGAGACCCAAUCUCAUAAAUGGCUCAUCUUCACCAAGCUUAGAGAUGUUACAACCAAAUGAGAAAACCCCACCCAAACAGUCUGCAAAAUUUUUUACUGGAAGACCACACUCAAAAAGAAGGAUUCCCGCACUCAAUUAUAAUGACGACACUGCAAGGCUUGCAAGAAACGGUUACCAAUCUUCUAUUGGGAGUUCCCUACUGGAUGAUCUUGAUGGUCAGAAGAACAAGGGCCCCGGAGAUGAGGGCAUUCCUAGCAUUGACACAUUUGUUGCAGGAAUGAAGGAAAUGGCGGAGAUUCAGUACGAGAACAUUGAGAAUAAUGCUGCUGACAAUCAGGUCAGGGAGACAAAUUUGAAGGUUGAAACAGUUGAGAAUAAUGUCAGAGAUGUCGGUUUGGAUCCAAUGCAGGAAGUGAUCAGAACACUUUCAGACUGGCCUUCAGAAUUUGAGAGGCUGCAGAGAUCGAUACUUGAACUUUGGCAAGCAUGCAAUGUUUCACUGGUUCAUAGGACAUACUUCAUUCUUCUCUUCAGAGGUGAUCCUAUGGAUUCCAUUUACAUGGAAGUAGAGCUGCGAAGACUUUUCUUCAUCAAAGAAGCUUUUUCGAGGGAAGGUCCAGAGGUGGACAAUGGUCUGACUGUCACAUUGGCUUCAAGCAUGAGAGCUCUUCGUCAUGAACAAGAGACUUUGAGCAAGUUAGUGUCUAAAAGGUUCUCAGAAGAACAACGAAAAGUGAUCUACGAGAAGUGGGAUAUCAGUUUGGAUUCGAAAAGGAGGAGGCAGCAGCUAAUCCAACGUCUGUGGAGUGACACCAAGGAUAUGAAGCACAUCAUGGAAAGUGCUGCAAUAAUUGCAAGGCUUGUUAGGUUCUCAGAGCAAGAAAGACCCCCUAAAGAAAUGUUCGGACUUAGCUUCACUCCACCACAAAUGAGCCGGAGAUCUUUUGGAUGGAAACCAAGCAUGAAAUCCAAAAGGCAAGGCGUCAACUAGAAUUAGUCAUUGAUGAAGGUCAAUAAUUUUCCAGUAGUUAGUUGGUAAUUUAGAGGCUUAAUACAGAGCCCAGAGGUAUCGAAAAAAUAUGAAUGCCCCCUUAUUUUAUAAUCAUGCUGCUAGUCCACGAACGCACCAAGAUAAGUAAGCAGAUUUGGGCGUCACUGUUCAUGACUACCCAGAGUUUAAGAAAUAUAGAAGAGGUACUUGUGAAACAUAUUUGGGUCUUAAAACAUUGCAGCAUAUCAGUUUCUUCAUCGUCACAAGUAGUAAAUUACUCCUACGUUUUUAUCCAGGUCCAGUAUUUGAUAAGAGGUCUGCUCCUAUUGAAUUAGAGUCCAUUCUUAAGGCUGAUUUGUUUGAUUAAUGCAAUAUUUGAUUUUCGUCCAAAAAAAAAAAGUAUACAUAUCACUUUCAAUAAAACUAAUUGCUUUCAAUUAUAUUGACAA